AUGCUCAAUGCAACGUCGAAUCAAGCGAUUCAAAAACCCAUGUCGAGUCAAGAUAGUUUUCGGUUUCAACAUUUGGCGAGAACGCUGGAAUCGAUUGAGACGGAUGUGUCAGCAAUUGAUAAUGAAGAUUAUGGAGGUGAUGACGUGGUGCAAGUGGAUAAUUUGGACAAUUUGCUUGAUUACCAUGGAUCGAAUAACAGUGCAGCUAGUCAUAUGUCGAUAUCUUCGAAUGCAGCAGUUUUAGGUAAUGUUGUUUCAUCGAGUCAGGGACAAUCGGCAGGAUUCGUUGACACACAGACGCUAUUGAAUCCAUCGCGUUCCAUUUACACUGAGAUGACGUCAACGGCACCGAGCUUUUCGACGUUUGGACAUAGUCUGGAUAAUUUGCAGCAUCUUGGAUUUAACUCGUCGACGACAUCGGCGUCUGGAAAUUUGCCUAUAAUGGGUAUGAUGAAUCAUCAACCGAAUACAGCGUUCCAACAGCAGAUUUUGCAGCAACAAUCACUACGUCAAGAGCAGCAGCAGCAAAAGCAGCAGCAACAGUACCACCAGCUAUAUCAUAAUUCAAUGUUACAGCAACAGCAGAAUGGAAUCAUGGCGUCGGCACCGGGAUACGCUGGAGCGAACCAGCCGAUGCCGCAGUUUCCGAACAUGCUUAUGCAGCCCGGAACUAGCUUGCUUCAGCAAAAGCAGCAGCAGAUGCGUGGUGGACAUCCACAGCAACAGAUGCGGAUAUCGACACAGACUGGCAAGCCGAUCAAAAUGGACGCCAAUGGUACACAAUUAUGCUCGGCGUUGGGCUGCAACCACGCCGCGCGUGUCAAAGGCAUGUGUAAAAUGCAUGGUGGUGGCCGACGAUGUAAGGUGGAUGGGUGUAUGAAGAGCGCACAGACUGGUCACUUGUGCAUUGCGCAUGGUGGCGGCAAGCCCUGCAAUGUGGAGGGCUGCCCGAAGACAGCACAGUCGCGAGGGCUGUGCAAGCAGCAUGGUGGUGGUGUUCGAUGCAAAUUUGAGGGUUGUACGAAGAGUUGCCAGUCGGGUGGUUUUUGUCGUGGCCACGGUGGGGGCAAGCGGUGUGAAUACCCGAACUGUACCAAGUGGGCGCAAAAGAAUGGCCAUUGUGCCAAGCAUGCUCAGGAGAUUGCUGCGCAGCAGCUACAGCAGCAGCAAGCGUUACAGGCUCAGAUGCGACAGCAGCUUGUGCACCAUUGA